UCCGAGCCGGCGGCGGCUCCCAGAAGCCCUUGUGACUCGGCUCUCAGCAGGGAAGUGUCUGGAAUUUCUGGGACCCAAAGUUUGGGCUGAAAAGCUUCUAGGCGGCUCUAGUUCGGACCAGGAGGCAACAACAGGGAACAGAAGGCAGUGGUCACCAAGCCGGGGAGACGAUCCCUGCCUGGCAGCCUCACCGCCUGAUUUCCGAAAGCCGCCACCGCCCCUGUGGGGACUACCUUUCCCAGGGGCCCUUGCGCUGGGGGACACGCCCACUUCCGGCGAGGACUUGCAGCGUGGGCGUGAGCUGAGGUUCGGAGGAGAAAGCCCAAGUGGCGCGGUGGCAGUGGUACCCCCGGGGUCGGGGGAGGCGCCGAGUGGUCGGCGUUGCUGUCUGAGCACGUGGGGGAGGGGACGUCUUGAACACGCGCGUGUGGCUUGACUGUGGCGGUGCGUUGUGUGUGUGUGUGAGUGUGACUGGGACGAGAAGUCGGGUACAUGUGUAAUAUGUGACUUGGGGGGCGAGGAUGAGUCAAGUGUGAGUCUGGGGCCUGUGUUUCUGCGCUUGUCUUUUGUGCACCUGCACGUCCCAGCUGCAUGUGAGGAGCGGCUUGUCCUGGAACGAAUGAAGGAAUUUGCCCGAGAGCUGGAAACACCGCCGGCCGAGACCACCCCCACUUCCUCCCUCUUCCUCCUCUCCGGCGGACACACACACACACACACACACACACACACACACACACACACACACACACACAAGACUCAAGCACCCAGAGCCCUCGAAGCCUGAGAAGGUGCCUGGUUGGGGCGCUGCGGCUUCUGGAGCAUUCUUGCCAGUCCCACCUGGAAGGUGUGGAAGUAGGGCCACGUCCCCAAGUUCACAGGACUGAGUAUAGAGGGCCACACCCAUGGCAUUUGGAGGUUCCCAGGCUAGGGGUCAAAUUAGGGCUAUAGCUACUGGCCUACACCACAACGGGAUCCGAGCCGCAUCUGCGACCUACACCACAGCUCACGGCAACACUGGAUCCUUAACCCACUGAGCAAGGCCAGGGACAAACCUGCGUCUUCAUGGAUACUAGUCAGAUGAGACACUGAAGAAUAGAGAAGACAAGUGAUCACUAGUAGGUGGAGGAGCCAGGAUUUCACAUCCAGGACGGGCUGAUCCAGAGUCCCCUGUGUCCCAGCUCUCAUGCAAUCCCCUCCACAACUGCUUGAGGUAGGUAUCGUUAACCACUUUUGACAGUUGAAGAAACUGACCCUGAGGGGGUUAAAUAAGUUCGCGAAUUCAGAUCCCAAACCUCCGCUUUGCAGUUUUGUUUUGUUUUUUUUUCUUGAACUUUCUGACCCAGUUUCUGUUAAGUAAAAUGGUGACCUAUACCUCACAGGGCUAUUAUAAGGUUGAGUGCGCUCAUAGUAAUGCACUCGCUAUAGUCCCUGCCACAUUAUAGGUGUUGAUUCUUAGCAUCGUCAUCAUUAUAAUACUGCUUUUCCAAAGCAGUGGAAUUCAGGAGAAAGCGGGGGACAGGGGACUUCUUCCGAACUAUAGUUUGUCACACAGCAAAAUGAGAACCUGGGUCUCCUGACGGUGUUUUGGUCCAUCUCUCUGCAAGCCACCUGGACUGCUGUAACAAAGGUAAUGCCCCUUUCUGGGGAAGAUGGCUUUUUUCAUGUCUCAUAGACUUUUUACAAAUCCUGAGUAGUUGUUUACAAGCUUGUGACUUGUGCACAAGUUCAUUUUCCAGAACUUUCAUGUGUGCGGUAGUGGCCAUGGUCCCUAUUUUCAUUGACAGCUGUGAAGGUCAGAUCAGGGUAGUGAUAUUUGCAGCAUGCCUAGGACAUGUCUGUUGUGAAAGGAUGGGUGUCUUUGAUCGAGAGAGAGAUUGUGCUCAGCCUGAAAAUCCAGAGCAGUGCAGAGCCCCAACUGUAAAUGAAAGGUUUCCUAGUGAGUGGCUGGACUGUGAGGGCAGGGAACAGAUAUGGGAAGAUCAGAGGGAAGGAAAGGGAAAAGUUUCCAGGCUGUGAUUGCUAGAGUUACUCAGUCUCUCACCAAUCCUUUCUCCUCCCCCCAGCUGUGCCCUCUCAGGGUAAAGCCCUUCUCCACAUGAGGUGCCGAGAAGAAGAGGUGGUGAUGGGAAUUGAACUUCUUAAAACCAUGUCCCUGGAUUCGGUGACAUUCACGGAUAUAGCCAUAGACUUCUCCCACGACGAGUGGGAAUGGCUGAAUCCUGCUCAAAGGACUUUGUACAAGAAGGUGACGUUAGAGAACUACGGGAACCUGGUUUCACUGGGUCUUUGCAUUUCUAAACCAGAUGUUAUCUCCUUACUUGAGCAAGGUAAAGAGCCCUGGAUGGUGACAGGUGAGACGACAGGAGGCCUGUGCCCAGACUUGGAGUAUGUGUGGAUGACAAAUGAAUUAUCUCCAGACCAGGAAAUCUUUGAGGAAAAAUUAUCCCAGGCAGUGGUAAUGGAAAGACUUCCAAGCUAUGACUUUGAAUAUUCCACAUUAGGAGAAAACUGGAAAUGUGAAGACCUGCUUAAGAGGGAGCUGAUAAGUCAGAAGACACAUUUUAGGCAAGAGACAGUCAUUCAUAUGAAUACCUUUAUUGAGAAAGGAGAUCAGUCUAACAAAUCUGGGACAAUUUUUCAUCUGAGUACAUUAUCUUAUAUAAAACAGGCACUUCCUAUUGAAGAGAGAAUAUAUAAUUUUGACACAGAUAAAAGUUUAAAAACACAUUCCUUUGUUAAAAAACACAAACAAGUCUAUGGAGAAAAGAAACUUUUGAAAUGUAAUGACUGUGAGAAAACUUUCGGCAAAAUCUCAACUCUUACUCUUCAUCAAAGAAUUCACACUGGAGAAAAACCCUAUGAAUGUAUUGAAUGUGGGAAAGCCUUUAGCCAAAGUGCCCACCUUGCUCAACAUCAGAGAGUCCAUACAGGAGAAAAACCCUUUGAAUGUACUGAAUGUGGGAAAGCCUUCAGCCAGAAUGCUCAUCUUAUUCAGCAUCAGAGAGUUCAUACUGGAGAGAAACCGUAUCAAUGUAAGCAGUGUAAUAAAGCCUUCAGCCAGCUCGCACAUCUCGCUCAACACCAGAGAGUUCAUACUGGAGAGAAACCCUAUGAAUGCAUCGAAUGUGGGAAGGCUUUUAGUGACUGUUCAUCCCUAGCUCAUCAUCGAAGGAUUCACACUGGAAAAAGACCCUAUGAAUGUAUUGACUGUGGGAAAGCUUUCAGGCAGAAUGCUUCUCUUAUACGUCACCGGAGGUAUUGUCACACUGGAGAGAAACCAUUUGAUUGUAUUGAUUGUGGGAAAGCUUUCACUGAUCACAUAGGACUUAUUCAGCAUAAGAGAAUUCAUACUGGAGAGAGACCUUACAAAUGUAAUGUGUGUGGCAAGGCCUUUAGCCAUGGCUCAUCCCUGACUGUACAUCAGAGAAUUCAUACAGGAGAGAAACCCUAUGAAUGUACUAUCUGUGAGAAAGCCUUUAGCCAUAGUGGCUCACUUACUCUUCAUCAAAGAGUUCAUACUGGAGAGAAGCCCUACGAAUGUAAGGAAUGUGGGAAAGCUUUUCGCCAGAGCACACACCUCGCCCAUCAUCAGAGAAUUCAUACUGGGGAGAAACCUUACGAAUGUAAGGAAUGCAGCAAAACCUUCAGCCAGAAUGCACACCUUGCACAGCAUCAGAAAAUACACACUGGAGAGAAACCCUAUGAAUGUAAGGAAUGUGGCAAGGCCUUCAGCCAGAUUGCACACCUUGUUCAACACCAGAGAGUCCAUACCGGCGAGAAGCCUUAUGAAUGUAUUGAAUGUGGGAAGGCCUUUAGUGAUGGCUCCUAUCUUGUUCAACAUCAGAGACUCCACACUGGCAAGAGGCCGUAUGUGUGUCUUGAAUGUGGGAAGGCAUUCAGACAGAGGGCAUCGCUCAUCUGUCACCAAAGGUGUCACACAGGUGAAAAACCUUAUGACUGUAACAUCUGUGGGAAAGCCUUUAGCCAUCGUAAAUCCCUUACUCUGCAUCAAAGGAUUCACACAGGAGAGAAACCUUAUGAGUGUAAAGAAUGCAGCAAAGCCUUCAGCCAGAUUGCCCAUCUGACACUACAUAAGAGGAUUCAUACUGGAGAAAGGCCCUAUGAAUGUAAAGAAUGUGGAAAAGCCUUCAGACAGAGUGUGCACCUUGCUCACCAUCAGCGAAUUCAUCCUGGAGAGUCAUCUUUUCCCUCCUCGUCACCCACAUACCACCAAGUCCUCUAGUUUCAAUUUUAUAAACACCUCUAUGACUGUCCCGUUAUCAUAGUCGAAGACGAAGCCAUCUCAUUUGGAUUUCUGCAUAGUGUUAUAACCAUUUUCCCUCCUGCUCAAGUGCAUUUUUAACACUGUGGCCAGCUUAAUCUUGUAAAAAUCUAUAUUCGUGUAACUUUUCCAUUUGAAACACUUGUUUUGAAGAAUAUUUGGGUGGGAGUUCCCGUCAUGGCUCAGCAGUAAUGAACCUGACUAGUAUCCAUGAGGACUCAGGUUCUAUCCCUGGCCUCACUCAAUGGGUUAAGGAUCCAGCAUUGCCGUGAGCUGUUGUGUAGGUCACAGAUGUGGCUCGGAUCCCACGUUGCUGUGGCUGUGGUGGAGGCCGGCAGCUACAGCUCCAAUUUGACCCCUAGCCUAGGAACUUCCAUAUGAGGUGGAUGUGGCCCUAAAAAGACAAAAAAGGAAAGAAGGAAUGUUAGGUAAUCCACUUAAAGAGUUUAGCAUGCAAUCCUUGGCUUGUAAUUAGUGUCACUAAGGUGGAUGUUGCCUUACAGUGAUAUUCAGCUGCAAGUAUAAUGCGCCAGCAGGUCGAGACUAAGAAGCCUACAAAUUUUAGAGCAGAUAACUUUUUACUCUCCUAGUAGGUAGGAAAGAUGAACACAUUCAGAAUUGAAAGAUUUUAUGAUAUACAGGAUAACAUGGUGGCUUGCUCCUCUCUUUGUAUGAAUAUAAGGAAAUCCAGCAUUGUUGAUGAGGAAGUCUCACCUUACCUGGUACUUAGAACAAAAGCAUUCAGUAGAAUGUAGGACUAACCAGAGGAUAUUUAAAAAGAACUAAAAUGAACAAGCUCAAAAAUGUGAAUAGGUUAAUAGCCAUGAAAUAAAGUACAAAAGGUAGUUCAACACUCUCACCUAUGGAAAAGCAUCAGAGACAAUUCCUGGGAUAUUUAAUUGUUCUGGAGCAUAAAAUAAAUCCAGUCAAGCCUCCCACCUUCUUAUUCUAUGAGACUGACAAGAUUAAAACCAAAACAGAAGAACAUACAUAUUGCAGUAAGCUUAUGAGUGUAGAUGUUAAAAGUUAAAUAUUUUUUAAUAUUAAAAAAUAGAGGAGUUCCCGUCAUGGCGCAGUGGUUAACAAAUCUGAGUAAGAACCAUGAGGUUGCGGGUUCAAUCUCUGGCCUUGGCUUACUAGUUUAAGAAUCCAGCAUUGCCAUGAGGUGUGGUGUAGGUCACAGAUGUGGCUCGGAUUCCACAUUGCUGUGGCUCUGGCAAAGGCUGGUGGCUACAGCUCCGAUUAGACCCCUAGCCUGGGAACCUCCAUAUUCCACAGGUGCGGCCCUAGUAAAGACAAAAAAAUAAAAAAUAGGUUAAAUGGGUUCCUUGGUGGCUAGUGGGUUAAGGACCUGGCAUCACUGCUAUGGGUCAGGUUGCUACUGUGGUGUGGGUUUGAUUCCUGGCCCAGGACCCUCCACAUGCUGUGGGUAUGGCCAAAAUAAAAUAUAUGAUUCAAUGGCUUUUAGUAUGUUCAGAGUUGAAACAGAUUGGUCAGAUGGCUGUGGGACACUUAGCUCUCUGGAAAAACAGAUCUAUACUUUGCACACUGAUGCCGCUCUGAUAGGUUAAAGAUCUAAAUGUAUGAUAUUAACGUGCAAGAAAAACAGUAUUUCUAUAACCUCAGCUUGAGACAGGCCUUCUUAACUAUUACACAUAACCCAGGAGCUAACGUUAAACUGAGUAACAUUUCUGUGUGGAAAACAUCAGAGUCAAAGUUAAUAGAUAAGUGAGAGACUGAAAGAAAAUGUUUGCAACAGAUAUAACAAAGGGCAAUAAUCCACCAUGUUCAAAGCACUGUUACACAUCAGCUGUAGUAACACUGCAACUCAGAAAAAUGGACAGGGGAGUUCCUGUCGUGGCGCAGUGGUUAACGAAUCCGACUAGGAACCAUGAGGUUGCGGGUUCGAUCCCUGGCCUUGCUCAGUGGGUUAAGGAUCCAGCAUUGGCUGGCAGCUGCAGCUCCAAUUAGACCCCUAGCCUGGGAACCUCCAUGUGCCGCGGGAGCAGCCCUAGAAAAGGCAAAAAGACAGAAAAAAAAGAAAGAAAGAAAAAUGGAUAGAGCUAAUGGCCAUUUUAAAGAAGAUGAAAUAAAAACAGCUAAUAAAAAUUACCCACUAUCAUUAGUAAUCAAGGUAAUGCAAAAUGAUAUUUUUAUUAUUUUCCCCAACAGGUUGAUUUUAAAUCAUAGAAGAGUGAUAAUACUCAGUGUGAGUGACUGUGUGAAAAACAAGGCUGUUCCAUUGUCUGUCGUAUAAAUUACUGUAUGUAGGAGAUCCCACUGUGACUCACCGGGUGAAGAAACCAACUAGUAUCCGUGAGGAUGCAGGUUCAAACCCUUGCCUUUCUUAACAGAUGCGGCUCGGAUGUUGUGUUGCUGUGGCAUAGGCCGGCAGCUGCAGCUCCAUUUCAGCCCUGAAAAUAAAUAAAUAAAUUUUUUAAAAGUGCUGUAUGUAUAGACCAUUUGAGUCAACACACCUCAGAAACCAAAGUGUAUGAAGGUAGGUAAGUGUGUAAUGGCAAAAAUAUUUUGUCUUCCUUAACCCACUGAGUGAGGCCAGGGAUCGAACCUGCAUCCUCAUGGAUGCUAGUCAGAUUCGUUUCCGCCAAGCCACAAUGGGAACUUAGGGUACAGGGUAAAUGGGUAAGUUAAUUAUCGUUUCCGCCAAGCCACAAUGGGAACUUAGGGUACAGGGUAAAUGGGUAAGUUAAUUAUGCUGUAUUCAUUCAAUAGAAUUAUAUACAGCUGUUGAAAAAAUUAAAGUGUGUAUAUAGCUGCAAAAGAUAGCUGUGCUGUUCUAAAUGGAGAGAAUUUUUUCAGACCUGUAUUCUAGUCUAGUAUAAACUCAUAAUAUCAAAAAUGAAACCAAAAGUAGAUUUUAUUUUAUUUUAUUUUAUUUUUUUGCUUUUUAGGGCUGCACCCACAGCAUAUGGAGGUUCCCAGGCUAGGGGUAGAAUGGGAGCUGUAGCUCCUGGCCUACACCACAGCCACAGCAACCUGAGAUCCAAUCCGUGUCUGCAACCUACAGCACAACUCACAACAAUGCCAGAUCCUUAACCCACUGAGCAAGGCCAGGGAUCGAACCUGCAUUCUCAUGACUGCUAGUCAGAUUUGUUUCCGCUAAGCCAUGAUGGGAACUUCCCCCAAAUUUUUAAAAAUGAUAAACUCUUAGAGGCUUAGGGUACAGAGUAAAUGGAUAAGUUAACUAUGCUGUAUUCAUUCAAUAGAAUUAUAUGCAGCUAUUGAAAAAAUAAAAAUAUGUAUGUAGCCAUAAAAGAUAGCUGUGCUAUUCUAAAUGGAAAGAAUUUUUUCAGACCUGUAUUCUAGUAUAAACUCAUAAUCAUGAUAUCAAAAAUAAAACCAAAAGUA